AUGACAUCAUCACAGUUUACAGCAGGCUGCUGGUUUCACUUUGACCUGCUGCACUUGACGUACUUCAGCAAAAUCAGGGACCAACAUCGUGGGUUUGUCACUUCAACAGAGAGCGAGAAAUUCUUCAUGAAGAGAGUCGAGGAGAUUCUGAAGGAGAAUGAUUUUGACGUGGAGGACCAAGAAGACCUUCUCAAUGAAAUGACUCUCCAUUCGGACCCCCGGACCCCUGAAGCCCAGCCUUGCACCCCAGCUAAUGCUGUGGAGGAGCACAGGCCCUCCCAGCCAGAUUCCUCUCUAACGGACAGCGGCUCCAGGACUCAAUCUUCUCAUAUCGUCACAGAGAAUAUGCUGGGGAAAAGGAAUCCCUUCUCUGGGGAUAAGGGUUGCCUGGAGCCACCUUCUUCAGCUAAGAUCCUUCUUGAGUGCAAGCGCCCCGAGCACAGACCAAUUCUUGUGCUAGACACAGAGCAACCACUUGAUAAGCACUUUCAAUCAAAAAGCACCCAGGACAGCAUCAGUGAAUGUUCAACAGGAUUGAAGUUUAAUAAAGAAAUACCCUACAUCCUGCCAGUCAAACAUCCCAUCCCCUGCAAGUUACCCAAUAACCCUGAGGUGUCUCCCAUCUUCCUAGACAAGCAGGACAUACUACCACUAUACACCUAUGACAAGAAAACCUCCUUAGCUUUGGAUAAGGCGGACCUAGAAAGUUUCCCGUAUGGUAACGGAAAGGUCACCAAAAAUGGGAAGAUGUAUGGCAGCAUAAAGAAUGUAGAAACAAACUGCCUGUCUAUUCUUCAGAACCACAGGACCUUCUCUCUCUGUUACUCAGAGCUGAGAAACUGCUCAAAUAAGACAGAGCUAGAACUGAGCCAGAAGGACGGUAAAAGCCCAGUCCUGAGGAACAUCUCUUCAACCCCUUUACCUUUGGUAGAAGAGGAGUUUCUUGGCCCUCAGGGGGAAGAAAUGUGCCAGGACAGUGAGGAAGGAGAUGUUGGUGAACUCAAAAUCAGGUACGAGGACUAUCAAGAAAAUAAGACUGAGAGGACUAUAGUAGCCCAGCAGGAAGCUCACUACAAGUUCUUCCCCAGUGUCAUCCUCUCCAACUGCCUCAGUAGGAAAAAAGCUGGGAGCAAAAAGAUGGCCGAUCCCUGUAGCAAGCUUGAACAGGUCGAGCCUCGCAGAUCUAAGCUUAAAGUGUAUAAGAAAAGGUUAGGAAUGGCAGCACAGAGAAAUAUAUUAAACAUAGUUGAAGCCUCUGAAAACACUUCCUCUGACAGCGAGGUUAGCACUGCCCUCACCCCAACCACACCUGCUUGUCCGGUGACAUCGGACACAGAGAUGCCAGUUUUGGAGGAUAAGUCAAUACAAAAGCCUGAGCCAAUUAAAGAUGGGCUAGUCACAAAGUUGGAGCCAAUCACAAGGGAGGAGCCAGAAAGUGAGGAGAGAUCAGUAAAUGAACAAUCGCAACCAUUUUCAGAAUCCCAUGCCACCACUGUUUCCAGUGUUUCUGAAGAAGCUAAAAACUCAGAAGACAACAGGUUCAGCUCAUUGCACAAUUUAUCAGCGAUGGUCACCUGUACUAAAUCUUCAGCACUGCCUGGUAGUAAAUACACCCUAAGGACCAAGCGGAAGAUGAUCUUUGACGGCGAAGAUGGAGAAUAUUCCGGUGCCCCUCGUUCAAAAAAUCCAGCCUCCGUCAAAGAACGGAUCAAGGACGAUGUCCCUGAUGGGCAAGAGGUAAGACACCAGAAACGACCUAAGAAGGAACCCCCUAUCAUCAUCAAGUACAUUAUUAUCAACAGGUUCAAAGGACUGAAAAACAUGCUGGUGAAGAUGUCCAAAGUGAAGGCAGAGGAGCAGUUGGUUUUGCUUACGCCAGACAAGCUGGAGCAGUACAAUAAACUAGCCCCUCUUAAGGAUUUCUGGCCCAAGGUGCCAGAAUCCACUGCCAUCAAGUUUCCUGUCACUGAGCAAAAGGCCAAAAAACUACCCAAAAGAAAAGCAAAGGGCAACUCCACAAACAAGAAAUCAGUCUGCAACUCCUCCAAACCUUUGGUCAAACAGGGUGAAAGGGUCAAAAGGACUAAAGGCUGUAAGAGAGGUCCAAUUCUAACCUCUCUACCGCCGCCUCAGCCAUGUUACUCUGAACUAGUAGAUGACCAGGAAAUGAAGUAUAAUGACGUCAUGGUAGAGUUAGGGUACCUAUCUGAUAGAUCCCCAAGCCCUACAAAUGUUACACCCCCUCGUUGUUGGUCCCCUAGCGACCCUCUUAUGGACAAUAGGAGUUCUGAACAUCUGAUAAACCCACUCAUUGACCCAUGUCUUAGUUUGGCUUUUCCCAAGCUACACACAGUAUCUUCAACCAAAGGAGCACAACAAAAGUUUCAAACUGGCAAACCUAAGAAAUCCGUGCACACUAAAAGCAAAGUAAGCAAGUUUGCAACCAAGCCUCAGGAGGAACCCAAAAAGUCAAGACAAAGGAGUACUGCUGCUCCAAAGCAGAGGAAGCAAACUAAAGACACAGCUGAAGGCACCUUUGACAGUUCUACAAACACCACAAGACCUACAAAGUCUCGCAAAAAGAAGAUGGAGGAACCCAAAAGCCAUGACUCAAGUAAAGACAGCUCCCAUGUGCUUUUUCCAAAAGAUGAGCUACCUCCUUCUGAGAGUUCAUCUCAAGAAGUCCCUUCCUUUCAGCAGCCAGUAAGCACAGAUGGCAACAUUCAGGGCACGUCUCACCCAACAUCAAUAACAGACUUUAACUCUGCAGGCCAGUCUAUAGAACCAAAGGUUGAAGACUGCGAGACUUCCAUCAUGGAGAUCAACCAAAGCAUUUCAGCCCCAGCUCAGCAGAAGCAGCAAGGCUGCCAGACCACUGUGGUAAAGGCAGAGGCUUCACAGGAGAGCAUGGCUCCUCCACCUCCUCUGGCUGGGAGUCCUUUACUAGAAGACAGUAAAGACUCCCAGCUAUCGCCAGCUACCCCCCACUCAAGCCCUAAGAAUGGCACGAUCCCCCCUCUUUCUGAGACACCCUCUGGCUUGGCUGUCCUCAAGCAGCUUCUCCAGAGAAGGAAGCAGGGGCAGGCUCUUCCCAUUCAGGUGGUUGGUGCAGACAGUGACCCCACUGCCAUGGCUCAGGCUACAGCACUUCUAGAUCCCUCAGCUAAACCAGCUAAAUCCAGGAAAGCUCCCACCACAACUCCACGGAAACCCAGGGCCCCAAAAUCUACCACUCCCAAGGAUAAGAAACCCAGAAUCAGGAAAGGCAAGGCAAGCAGCACACAGCCAAAUCUCUCAACGAAGCUGGAUGGCAACAUGUCAGAUGAUUGCCCCCUCUUCCUGUCAGACCCAGGCAUGGACAGAUGCAAUUUCAUAGAGGACAGUUUGUCACCAGAGCUCCCACAAAAAUAUACCUUUGAUAUAAAUGCCAUUGAUCAGACGGAGUUCUCCAGCCCAUACAGCGGCAGUCAGUUUGUGCUGACUGAUAAACAUUUACCAGUUACGUUCCUGAGUGAUGUCAGCCAGGAAGCAGUGUCUACUCAAGGACUGGGAUUUGAGAAGAAACCUGAUAGACUGUUUGCAUCUGGGGACGAGCUUCAAAAGGGUUCCGAAUGGCACGAAGCAAGGCCCGUCACCCCUGACCUCUUUGAUAAAACUGAGAACAGGGAGUCUGUAUCAAAUCACCUCACAUUCCUCGACUCUGAGAAACAUAAGAGCAGGGAGUGGGACUUGUAUUUAGGUAAAGCCAAUACGCUCAGCCCCUUUCAAGACUUUCACUGUGAAAGAAAAGAACUGCUGUUCUCUGUCUUCGACCCUGUCAUACCUCUGCCUCUAAGCUCUGCCUCAUUCGUUGAUCAUGAGGGCUCUCCAACCGGGGAGCUUUUGGAGGGCAGUGAUGGCCUGCCGUCCACCACCCCCAGCAGCUCUCCGAGCUCCAUCAGCUCUGUAUCCCAGGGCAGGGCGGGCCAGCUGCUGCGGGGAGCAGGAGGGGGAGCACACAUUCUAAAGCCCCUCAUGUCCCCUCCAAACCGGGAGGAGAUCGUCAGCACUCUGCUGAACCUGGAGAUGUCGGAGGCCACCUUCCAGGAGCCCUUCUGCAGCGACCCCUCGGAUGCGCCAGGGAAACCAAUGGAGAUCGGCGGCCGCAAGCUAACGGUGCGCACUAGGCUGGCUAAGGAGCUAGCAGAGUUCUGUGGAGAUUUUUCUUUGGAGGGCCUCCAUUUCUGGAAGACAGUCUUCUCAGCUAUGGCGCACCCCCACAUCAAUGUCACUUCAUCUCCCCAUGCCCAGGGAUCUGAGGCCUCAGACACGAGUAAAGAGCAGGCCAAGUAUGACCUGUCCUCCGGCAGCAACAAAAAGGUCAUCCUCCUGCCCUGCAGAAACCCACCAAGCAGAGAGCGUGUGCAACUGUGGCUGGAAGCCAGAAAACAGUAUGAGAGUUUACAAAUAGGGCUGCUGAAGAAUGGGAGGACUGGGCUGGGUGUGGAGGGAAACCCAGCUACCAGCUGUCCAGCAGAGAAGGUCAGGACUCCAAGGAGAAAGAACUGCAACCUGUCCUUAAUCAUAGCACCCAUGAAAAAUAAAGGCAUUCACUGUGAAUCAUCAGAGUUAAGACUAGUUUCACAUGAAGUGGAUAUUGAUCAGGAGGUCAGCCAAAACAAUGCUGACGAUGAUGAUAAAAGCACGUGUCUAGAAUCCCCAGAGCUGCAUCCCUGGCAGCAGUCCGCUCAGCCCAGCCCCUUAGGGCCACACCAGCUCAGUGAAGACUGUCUCGAAGCACUGUCACCAAGGCUCUGUAACUCCAUGGAGAAUCUCAGUAACAGCGAAGAGGGGAGUACCCACCUCCUUCACAGCACCCCCUUUUUAAGACGGAGGCGGAGAAGCAAGGAGGACCUGAAGCCAAUUUGCAGCACGCCCAAAUCUGAGGAGGACCCCGUUUCUCAGAGACUCCAGCAGCGAAGGAGAAGUCAAGCGGACUCUCUGAAAAGAGUGCUUCUGACCACACAGAUGAAGAAUCAGUUUGCUGCUUUGAAUGUGCCAAAGAAAGAUUCCUCUCAGAUUGAAGGACCCAGCAUAGCCAACUCGUACGGCUUCAAAAUCAGCAUGCAGAACCUCCAGGAGGCCAAAGCUCUGCACGAGGUCCAGCACCUAACACUGAUGGGCAUGGAGCUCCAUGCAAGAACUCGGCGGGACCUUGAGCCUGACCCCGAGUUUGACCCCAUAUGUGCCUUAUUCUACUGCCUCAGUUCGGAUGCUCCUCUGCCAAAUGUAGACAGCAGCCAGCUGACGGGAGCCAUCGUGGUGGACAAAGACCAUGAGAGCUGUGACCCAGGUCACAGAGCGACGGCGCCCCUGCUGGUCAGGUCGGGCGUCUCUAGGCUGCAGGUGAAAUACGCCACAGACGAGAAGGUGCUGUUUCAGGAGCUCAUCACCGUCUUCAGGAGGUUUGACCCCGACGUCCUGGUGGGGUACGAGGUGCAGAUGCGCUCCUGGGGCUACCUCCUGCAGCGGGCCGCAGCGCUCGGUGUCAAUCUGUGUCAGCAGCUGUCCCGAGUGCCAGGUGACUCCAAGGAGAACCGCUUUGCUGCAGAGAGAGAUGAGUAUGGAGCCGACACCAUGACUGAGAUCAACAUCAUCGGACGCAUCACCCUCAACCUGUGGAGGGUGAUGAAGACUGAGGCGGCGUUGAACAACUACACUUUUGAGAACGUGGCCUUCCAUUUCCUCCACCAGCGCUUCCCCCUGUACACCUCCCGCACACUGUCCGAUUGGUUCGACCACAACACACACCUCUACAGGUGGAAGGCGGUGGACCACUAUGUGAGCCGGGUCCGGGGCACCAUGCAGCUCCUCCAGCAGCAGGAUGUCAUCGGCAGAACCAGCGAGCUGGCCCGGGUGUUUGGGAUUCAGUUCUUACACGUUCUGACCCGAGGAUCACAGUACCGUGUUGAGUCCAUGAUGCUCCGUGUGGCCAAGCCCUUGAACUACAUCCCUGUGACCCCCAGCGUCCAGCAGCGGGCCCAGCAGAGGGCCCCUCAGUGCAUCCCCCUGGUGAUGGAGCCCGAGUCGCGCUUCUACAGCAACUCAGUGGUGGUGCUGGACUUCCAGUCUCUCUAUCCUUCCAUCGUCAUAGCGUACAACUACUGCUACUCCACCUGCCUGGGCCACGUGGACAGCCUGGGAACGCCCGAUGAGUUCAGGUUUGGCUGCACCUCCCUGCGAGUUCCCCCUGACCUCCUCUACCAGCUGCGCAAUGACAUCACCGUCUCCCCCAACGGCAUCGUCUUCAUCAAGGUACCCGCCCCCCUCAACGUUGUUCUGGAAAUGCACUUAAGCUGCUGCUCUAUGUGUGUGUGUCUGUCUCGCAGCCUGUUUGUUCUGCUGAAGGGAGCCACCAAAGAGCAGGCUUUCAAGAUUGGUAACGAGAUCGCUGAGGCAGUGACCGCAACCAACCCCAAGCCUGUCAAGCUCAAGUUUGAGAAGGUGUACCUUCCCUGCGUGUUGCAGACAAAGAAGCGUUAUGUGGGCUACAUGUAUGAAAGCCUGGACCAAAAGGAGCCUGUGUUUGAUGCCAAAGGGAUCGAGACAGUGCGCCGCGACGGCUGCCCUGCUGUUUCCAAGGUUCUGGAGCGUUCCAUCAAGCUGCUGUUUGAGAGCCGGGACAUCAGCCAGGUGAAGCGGUUUGUGCAGCAUCAGUGCAUGAAGGUUCUGGACGGCCGGGCCAGCAUGCAGGACCUGACCUUCGCCAAGGAGUACCGGGGCAGCAGCUCGUACCGGCCCGGAGCCUGCGUCCCCGCCCUGGAGCUCAGCAGGCGCAUGAUGGCGUACGACCGGCGUCUGGAGCCCCGUGUGAGCGAGCGCGUUCCCUACGUCAUCGUGUACGGGAUGCCCGGCCUGCCCCUCAUCCAGCUGGUGCGCCGGCCGGUGGAGGUGCUGCAGGACCCCGGCCUCCGCCUCAAUGCGACCUACUACAUCACCAAGCAGAUCCUGCCCCCACUGGCCCGCAUGUUCCAGCUGAUCGGAGUGGACGUGUUCAGCUGGUACCAGGAGCUGCCCAGGAUCCAGAAGGCUUCCUGCUUCUCGGUGGUGGGGGGAGAUGAGGUUGGGAGGAAGGGGACCAUCUCGCAGUACUUCACCACGCUUCAUUGCCCCGUGUGUGACGAGCUGACCCAGCUCGGUGUGUGUUCGCGGUGCCGCGCCGAGCCGCAGCGUGUCGCAGUCACACUCCACCAGGACAUGAGACAAUGGGAGAGACAGCAGGAGCAGCUGCUGAAGGUGUGUAGGAACUGCACUGGCAGUGCCGAGCGGCAGGUGUCCUGUGUGUCCCUGGACUGCCCUGUCCUCUACAAGCUGUCCCGGGUCAACAGGCAGAUCUCCAAGGCCCCCUACCUGCGGCAGCUGCUGGAGCAGUUCUGAUUGGCUCCUGGCUCCCUGCUCAUUCGGUGCUAUUUGGUGCUAUGUGGUGCCCACCCCCCUUAUCAGUGUUUAAUUGUCCACUCAGUUGUAAAGGUUUCAUUGAGUCCUGGUGGGUCUUCAUGUGUCUUGUGACUGUUGUUCGUUUGACUGUGUAUCUGCAUAAGCUGCUGCGAGUGAAGCUGAUCCUGGAUCUGAUGCACAAUGUCCUGUUGUGUCUCGUAGCAAUGUGAAGGAGCUCCACACUAAUCUCCAGAAUUCACUACAUUCAGACCACUAAUAGAUUUCCCUUCAUAUUGUAUGGACUGCAGUCUUUGUGUUGAUAGUUCCUGUCGAGCUCCGUCUCUAAUCUCAUAAAGCUCCAGCCCCGAAUGCAUCAAUACUGUUAUUGUGCAUUCUGUUUAAGGAUGCCAUUUUUCAUGAUUGUACUGAUGUUCAUUUUGGCAGAUAUGACACUUUGUACUCUACAGUGUAGGAACUGGAAACUAUUUAGGUUUUUCUACGAAUCUGGGACUGUUGCAAUACUGUAUUUUGAUAAUUGAUGUCAUAAAGAGUUUAUUAUUUCCUUGUGCAUAUGUGGUUAAGUGAACAUUUUCUGCGCAAAAUAAUUAAACCAUGUUGAGAUCCAAUCUUCAAUUCUUCAAACAGCCAUACAGGAUCUGUGUAUUUGUAUAAAUGUAAAAAAUAUGAAGGAAGGAGGUGUUUUUUGUUUGUUUUUAAUGGACAUUGCUGUAGGUGGAGGUUUGAGAUUGAUAUAAUAAAAAGUCAAUGUAA